GUCGAACGACGAGAGCGGCAUGGCAUCUAUCAUGGAUAUUUCAAGGCGUUUUUGAACUACAGCUUAAAUAUUUCCCAAGUGUUGGCUUCUUUUGACGUUGUGGAUCUUAUGGAAUGUGCCUUUCGAUGCAUCACAAAUUCAACAUGCUUGUCGUUUAAUAUCGCCAUAUUACCCUUUGCGAAUGCUACUAAUUAUGCAUGUCGUCUGUUGCCUUCAGACAAAUACAAUCAGUCCAGCAAUUUUGCACCGAGUCAGGAAUUCCAUCACUAUGCCAUAGUGGUAGGUUAUACAUGCAGUAAAAAAAACUGUUAUGUUAUUGAGAGAGUCUUGCUGAUGAAGUGAAUCAGUGAUUUCUAUUUUGUUUCAUUAUUGUAAAAGAAAAGCUUGCCAGUAAUACCUUGUCCAACGCCAAUCCAAUAUAAACGUUUCACUUCAAUUCAAUUUACACUGACUUCGAACAGAAGUAAUUCAUAAGUGCUCCUACUAACGAAGAUCGCUUGCUUCAAGUUGUAAAAAAAAAAACCAAACAAAAAAAAACAAAACAAAACAAAAAACAUUCUUUGUUGUUCUGUAAUAAAAUGGAGUAGUCAUUUUUUUCUCGUUUGGGAUCAGUUUUAAGUGAUUGCCAUCCGCUUGCAGGCUGCAUUCAUUUUGGUGUUUUCAUCAUACGUUUUACUUUUCCAGACUUAAAUAAUGCGAAAGGAGUUUCUUGGGCCAAAGGAUGAAGCUCCAACAACGAAAGCAAUAGCAACGGUAACAACAACAUUAUCAGCAAAUAGCAAGCUUUGUUGAUGUUGUUGCUUUUGAAUGACAAUAAAAGUUUAAAAGUGCAAAUUUAAGUAAAAAUACAUUAUGGAGAAAAAAAAAUUGUAAACCUCCAUUAUUUCUUUGAAAUAAAAACACCGGUUUUUUCAUUAAAUAACAAUAACUUACUUUUAAUUCUAAAUUACUAUUUUACUGGGUUUAAAACCAAAGUGGGUUAUUACCCUCCUCAAGUAAACGAAAUUAUAGACCCCACACGGGGUAGGGGGGGGGGGGGGAGGGGGGGGGGGGGGAGGGGGUUGAUGGAACUGUUAUUGUUAAACACUCCUUAGCCGCUUCUAUAGACGGGUGGACCAUGGGAAGAGGCGUGGUGCUGAGAGAAGGUCGGCAUAACAGCUAAUACUGACAUGAAUGUUUAAACCUCAUCAAAGUUCGGACUUACUAUUGUAAAUUUCCUUUCAGAGUCCAUGUGAAAACUUUCCAUGUAAAAAUGGUGGAAGCUGUCGAUCAUUGUACAAGGAAAACAGCUAUGUAUGCCACUGUAGUGAAGGUUUCUCAGAAAAUCACUGUGAUACAGAAGGUAAAAAAGAUAAUAACUUUCUUGAUCUCCCAUGAAUUCUAUCAAGAGCUUCAAAACCUUUGUUCACUAUUGUACAAUCGCUAUUGCCGUCCUUGACAGCUUUGUGUUCCAAAGGGAAACCAGUUGCAGUAGGCUGGAGGACAAAUUUCGCUUCGGGAUACUUGAGUCUCUUUGCAAAUCUCUGUACCCGUCAGACAGUUUGAUAUGUAAAGUCAGGUGAUGAAUCCGGUGGGUUUUGAUUCUCAGUUACUGAAUAAGGUGCGCGGGAGCACUUUACUACUCAAUUUUGGCGCGAAAUUUCAGCGUUGGUAAAUUUUAUAAUAAUUAUAAGGAGCUCCAUGGGUAAUAAAAUUUGGUCAUCUAUGCAUCCAAGAGAGUUGUAAUUACAUGACCUUACGUCCGUCCACCCGUCCGUCCGCUGCACCACAGGGAAAUGCUCUUUUUCAAUUGACAGCUGUCUGAAACAGGGUGUCCAUUUACCAGUAUCAAAUGACCGUAUCACGGUCUCAGAUUUCAACUAAUCUAGGUCACAUUUUUACAUUCAUAUUCACAUUCGCUGUUAAUAAAUCACUGGCUCAAGUCAGCUUUUUUUUUUUGACAAGGUCAUCAGAUUAGAGCGCUUAAAAGCACCGGUUUUUAAAAUUUGUAUACGGAACAAAAGGUACAGUGUUGUUAUUAAAGAACUGUUUUAAAAACUUACUAAUAGGAAGUUUUAAAGUUGAAAGUGAAAUGCCUUUUUCCAAGCAGCAAAGUUGAUUGAAGAAGACUGCUCCGUACGCUAUCUGAGUUGUGUAAAUAAAGCAGCCGUUCUUGUGAUAUUUUGGCGCGUUAAGUUUGUCUGGUGUUGCCGGUUAAAUGAACCCUUCCACCGCGCUACUCGCGAAACACCGUACCCGAUACCGUACCGAGGAAAAUUGUCGCUGUGGUGUAAGCUUUGAGCGACCGCUGAUUGCGUCACGCUUAGUUGCCCGGUCAUACACAUCGCGAGAGAGGAAACUCUGAUGGAAAAAGUUUAAACUCAAGAGCGUCGCUAUCGGUUUUGGUGAGAACCAAGACCCCAGAAGCAUAGAAGGGAAAGACAAAUUAUCGGAUAAUCCUUUAACUGCAAUUUUUGCGAGUUUAGACCCUUUUAUGGGAUUUAUGGAGCUUCGAAUUGGGACGGUCGGCUUGAGAUUCGACAGCCUUACCUAUUCCUUAUUGUAAGAACAACUCGAUAAAACUUGAUAAAACGGUUUCCAAAUGGCUCUAGAAGCGAAAAGAUAGUAAAGCACACAACACAAACACAAGUUGAGUCAUUUUUAUUGAUUUUUUUAAUGUAAUUUAGAUCGUAUUUUAAUAAUUUUAUACAUUCUCCUGUAAAUUCUAACAAACUCUCAUAUAGGGUCUAGGCCGCCUGUGCUGUAAGUACAUACAUGCGACAACUCCACUAUUCCCAGUGCUCGCUCGAGUAAAACUGUCCUUAAUUCUGACCAAUUACCAGCGAGAGCUCCGUCUGAGGCGUGUGUGCGCGCUUCUCCCUCAGAAGUGGCUUUCUGUGUAUGAAUGAACACGUGUGCAAGCAGAUUUGUCCAGUUUGGCUGCAAGGGCGGGAGGAUUGGAUUCAUCCGUCGUCUAAGCCAGUUGCGGGGGUGGGAGGUGGUGCCAGUUCCGCCCAAUGAGUGCAAAAACCUCGUUUUCUGAGGUGCUGCUGUUUCUUGUUUGAUGAAACUGAGUUUUGAGAAAUUUCGGCGCUAGAUUAAAUUGUGAAUUGUGAUUGGCUUAUGGUGACUUAAGAGAGUAGACACGACUUAAUCACGAUAAUAAAACCACAUUUUUCCCUGUAAGACUCCGUUUUACUUAAAACUUUUUCUAUUAUAAAAGCAGUAGACCACACUUUCUAUGGGCCAACCGGCGUGACAACCCACUUGGGAUGUUAGGAGAACACUCGAAAAGCUUGAAAUCACUCGCCUUUGGCUCUUGUUUUAAGCUUUUCUCAUGUUCUCCCAACGUCCUGCGUGGGUUAUUACACCGGUAAACUCGUAGAGAGUGUGGUCUGUGAAAGGUUUGAACCCAGGAGUCAUUUCAAAAGUACGUUCUCAAGGCCUGGGUCGAAGGUGUGUUCUGAGCAUAUGAAUGAUUGGCAAUAUCUCUCGCUAGGAGACCUAGAACAAAAUAGAAUUUUUCCCCAAAGGUAGGUCGUGAGGUUUUCUUGUGCCUUAACGUUUAAUUACCAAAAACCAAAAAAAAACCAAAAAUUGAAAACGAAGGAUAUUGGCGAAUUGGUGGCGAAUUUACGUUUUUGGGAUAAAUAAAUUGUCAUUUCUGAAAGAGGAUAAACACACGUAACUUUCUACGUUUGGAAUGAGUGGACGCGCAGUUUAAAAUUAAAGUUUUAAAUAAAUCAAGAUUAAAUUUGGGCAAUUAAAAUCAUGUUUUCCCUCAUAAUUUCUUAUUGAGGUGCAAUGGACUUUCAUUCCAAACGUGAAGUGUUAGAAAUAUUUGAUAUGAAUUAGAAAAAUGUUACUGCUUGAUUUCUUUUCUUAAACCGGCCACCAACUGGGCAAUAAUUUACAAUUUUUAGCAAAAUGGUCACGUGAACUAUUAACACAAUAUUCAUACUUUGAAAUGUUAACGACGAUGAGUUCUUUACGUGUGCCAAAUUUUGACCCAGUGCCAUCAUCUGUGCCAAAGUAAUAGCCAAUAAUUCCUCAGGUAAACCCCUUAGUCCCAGGCCUUAAACUACUUGAGUUGACUUUGAUCGUCCCGGUGAACGUAGUCCUGAAUAGGACUGUUGUUGUUGACGCACGGUGACUGACGUUUCGACAACCUGCGCGUUAGUCAUCUUCAGAGUCAAAGUGAGUUGUAUCACGUCAGUGGAUGGUAUUAUACUCUGGUUAUUGAUCUGACUGGUCAAUUACGUUGCGAUGUUAUUGGUCGUCUGUCAGUUAAGCCGCGAUGUUAUUGGCUAUGAAGACUCGUAAUCAGUAAUUGGUGCGUUUCGAUCCGUCUAUUGUCACAGUUAAACAAUCGUCUAUUGUUAGUCUAAUUGUCAGUUCUCCAGUCGUUCUCUCGUAGUUAGUUUUGCUUGAUGUCGUCAAUAAGUCGUUUGUACGGCGCUGGUAACUGUUGGCUACGAUUCAGUGGCGUUUGUUCUAAGUUAGUAAACCAGCUUUCUAAAGUAAGAUGUUGAUAGUAGUCUGUAGAAUGCGUUAUACAUGUCGCAGAGUCCUAGUCAAUUUGAUGUUUCGUCUGUAAAUGGUGCUCAGCAGUGUGAUCGUUGACGUCACCAUUCCUCGUCGCUCGUUUGUGUUCGGUCAGUCGCGUGCUUAGGUUUUUGCCGGUUUCAGCAAUGUAAGAAGCCUGGUAGUCGCAGCAUUUGAUCUUGUAUACUGCUCCCCGUCUGUCCUCCGGGUUGUCUUUGUCCUUGACAUUAGUAGGCAGUCUCCGUAAGGUGGUUAUCGGUUUGUGUGCAACAGGUCACUGACUGUAAGUUUGUAAUAUACGUGCAAUAGUUUCAGAGGUGCCUCUGAUGUACGGUAUAGUCGCUGUCGUAACAGGGCCAGAGUUGGUCCGAGUGUUGUAAUCAGUGUUACUGUGAGUGUUCCGUCUAACAAAGUCCGUGUUGUAAUUGUUCUUAAAAAAAAAGAGCGUAAUCUAUUGGUUAAAUUUCGCGUAUCCUAAAUAAUUUGGCAGUUUCUGGAACCUAAAAAGUUUAUCCAUGAAAACUGGCGCACUUAGUCUUGUAGUACAAGAGAGUGGGUGUAGUUUGUUACCCAUGAUAUAAAUAAGUAAUCAGAUAAUUUUACGCGCGUAAUGUACAAGUUCUUAUUACAAUUUCCUGAACUUUCAUACACAUGCUAUCUUUUUUUUAAUUGUGAAAGGUUUGAACCCAGGAGUCAUUUCAAAAAUAGGUUGAGUUUGAUCGUCUGGGUGAGCGUAGUUCUGAAUAGGACUGUUGCUGUUGACAGUGACUGACGUUUCGACAACCUGUCUGAAGAUGACUACCGCACAGGCUUGUCUAAACGUCAGUCACUGUCAACAACAACAGUCCUAUUAAGACUACGCUCACCUGGGCGAUCAAACUCAACCUACUUUUAAAUUCUUAUUGUUUUAGAGGCAAUUAUUCUGACGACCCGGUGUCGAGGUUACUCUAAUCGAAGAUAGUGCUAACAAUAAAUUUCCUUUUUUUUUUUUUAGCUUGUCACCCUUUAGGAGUAGAAAGCACGAGUAUAAUACCAGAUUCUGCAAUGACAGCAAGCACAUACUAUAAUAGCCAUCUGUAUCCAUACUACGGCCGACUGAAUGGACACAGAGGAGUUGGAGCCUGGUGCCCAAAGACUUCUAAUGACAGAUCAGAUUUUCUUCAAGUUGAUAUGGGCGAGGAGUACUAUGUUUGUGCCGUGGCAACACAAGGACAUAAGCAAGGAAGCCACUGGGCCAAAAGCUAUAAAUUACAACUUUCAUUACAGGCAACUACAUGGGAAACAUACAGCAUAGACGGUGCUGAAAAGGUGAGAAAAUUAAUCUUUAAGCUCAUCUUUUCCAAGUUCAGUAUCUCGUUUCUUUUUGGAGGCUUAUUUAACCCUUUAAGCUCUAAUAUCAAAAUAUCUCAUUUGUGUUCCCUAUACUAUACAUUUUCAAUAGAAUUAUUGGGAAUAAGUUUUUGAAUUACAAUAAGAUUCAUCUUGUUAGAUCAUGUCCUCAAUUCUCACGAUCACUCUGUUCAAAAAAAGAAUUGAUAUUACUAGGAAAAAUUUCAUGUUGAUCACUCUCAGGGCUUAAAGGGUUAAACAAACACAUAUAAAUGUGUCUUGCGCACAACUUGUCUUGUUCAUGCUCCUUGAUCCUGUUGUAAAGAAUUUACCUUUAAAUCUCGCCGAUGCAAAACUGACUGCAUUCACCAGGAAACUUGCAAACCACGUGACACUGUCAAGGAAGACAAGGAUUAAGUUCAAAUAAGACUUCUGUCAUUCUUAUAACAUCAACGGGGAUAGUCGCAUAAAAAAUGAAUAAAUAAAUAAAAGUAUGGAUACCACGAACACAGCUACAAGAGAAACCCGCAGACGAAAUCAGUACAGCCAAGGGAACAAUUCUCCGAAGAUGAGAGAUUCAAAAUGCGCCAAACAUAGCGAUUGAUAACCAACCGAUCAUAGCGUUGCGUGCAUAAAAAGAUGACUUAAUUUAUCGCUGAAUGAAGACUGGCAGUAAAGAGUCGAAAUGACUUGAAUAUGCAUCACAAGUGAUUUCAUCGUGAGACAAACGUUAAUACUUGUUAUUAUUAUUAUUAGCCCGCGUAGCUGGCGGUAUUGUGUAGUAGACGAGUGAGAUUUGGCGGCGGAGCCGUCACGAGCGGCGAAGCCGCGAGAAAUACCACCUGCCAGAGAACCAUGAUUUUUCGAAUGCCGCCCACUUUUGUCACCUUAGCUGAUCCCAAUUAAAUCAGCCAGUCCAAGAGAAACCUGCAAUUUGAAACUUCCGAUUAUUUUCGCGCGAGAUAGUUUAGAAAUAAGCGUUGACAGGCUAAACACGACUCCUAAGCUCGUGAUAAUGUGAAACGUGACCUUGUGAGUUUGCUUAAACAGAGGUUUUUUUUUAAUUUUCUUGGCUCUCGCGCGAAGGUUACUAGCACUACACAGUGCAUGUAUCGUUCUAAACUUUGACUGAGGAAAUCUUUUUUUGCCACACUAGGCUUAACAUUAAAAGGUCAUGAAGCUGGUUUGUUACAUGCAUACUGAGUAACCAUUUCCGGUGGUUUAUUCUUCUUAAGGUGUUCCUGAUAGGAUUUGAUCUCAGAUGCAGUUGUAAGUGUUUUAGUUUUCUUUGACCUUUGUUUCUUACGGCUAAAUAAAGACAAUUCCAGCGCUGUGAAGUUUAAAGACGCCAUUUAGGCAAUUUGGUCAUCAAUUAUGCUCUUUUUAAAGGGGAAACCACAAUCACUUACGUCUUUUCCAGUUUGCCAUCUGCUCCCUUAAUUGGGAAAUAUAUGCGAAGGAUCAUCUAACAUGAUUGACAUAUGUAUGGCCCUCGACCAAUCCGUUUCUAAGCACACUGGUGUGCGGACUAUUCAAAAUACCGGGGUUUUAUGGCAGGCGGUAUUUCAACCGCCUCGUCCCUACUCCCUUUUUUUAGAACACGGCUCCGCCGCCAAAACGUUACUCUCGCACCCACACAAUACCGCCAGCUACGCAGGCUAUAUUAUUAUUAAAUUACAGAUGUGUGAAAUUUGUAAAUCUUUCCGAUGAGCUCCCUUGGCGUUUUCUCCGACGAAUACUCCACGUUCUUAUACAUGAUGAAUGACAUUGGCAUUGACAAAGAGCAGCAACGUUAACUUUAUAUAAUCAAGAAAAUUAUAAAUAUAGCUAUUUAGAGCAAAAUAUUACAUCUUUUGUCGUAGAAAUAGGAAUUGGGAUAGCCCACACCAAGAGCCAUUAUGGCUCUUGCCCAGACUUAAUGCAAUUUUGAUUUUCUUUUAAUCUUCUUCUUUUUUUGAAUAAUUCAAUCUCAAGCAGAAUUUUUAAAUUGCCAAUACGUAGCGAGAUUUACAAUAUUGUACGUUCAAAAACACAAAUAAAAUUUCCAUUAUUACCAUUUAUUUAUUUAUUGUAACAUUGUUCUGAUUUUUGACUAAAAUGAAACCCCUUCCAAUAAGACAAUUGCACGAUGACGUCAUUUUACUACAACUACCAGAAUCCUUUAGUUUGUUUUUUUCUUGUGCAAAUUAGAGCUAUUGUUCUUUAAUCCUCAGCGGGAUUGACAGAUUUAAAUAAGAAAGCAAAAACGAAAUGAAUUCUGGUAGUUGUAGUCAAAUGUCGUCAUCGUGAAAAUGGCCUAUUUUCCGUCUCGUUCUCUAAGACUUUCAAAUUAUUCAAUGUCCAGUAAUUAAUGAUAUCAUCUUUCUUUAGUAUUAUUAUUUUUCAAGUCAUGGUCGUUUUUGUUUCUUUCCUAUUUUAUUGCAAGUUUUUCUGUAACUAUUUCUUUUUGUUCUUCUUCCAAACCGUGACAAUAAAUUCCUAAGUGAAGUAAUCCAUAUCGUGUGAUGGUUAUUCUAUUGAUGUUGUCGUUGUUGUUGAUGGUGUAUUCUCUCUCAUUUGCAGGUGUUUACAGGAAAUAGCGACAAAAGUACUGUGGUGAAAAACUCACUCCAGAAUAAAAUCCAAGCCAGAUUUGUUCGGUUUGUUCCAGUAACUUCCCAAUCGUACCCUUGUAUGAGGGUUGAAAUAUUUGUGAUUGAGUAA